AUGCAACACGCCGAGCUAUAUUGCAGAGCCCCGACCGCGCUCGGGCUAGGAACCCCGACAAAGCGUCCAAGGCCAACCAAACCACCCACUCCACCGCCUGGUCCUCGUCCCGGCCCAUUGGCGCCGAUCCCACCGGGGAACCCUACGCCCCCUCCUUCACCGAGGCGUCGGGCAUCGCAUAAACAUCUACCUGCGCAGGCAGUCGGGCUCAUCAGUCACCCUGCAACUACUUUUGUGAAUUCUGGGCCACCAGCAACAUCACAGAAGAGACAACCUUCCUGAGGGUCGACUUUGGUCCUGGUUGGAGCUUUCGGCUGCAUGUUUGGUCAAGAACAUGUUGUC